AUGGGACAGGGGAAAAGCGACGCCAAGCGACCGUUGAAAGACAUCGAAGGUUUGCAAAUCGUUCGUGUGUUGCCGUACAGCCCCUCCCACUCCGCAGGACUAAUCCCUUUCUUCGACAUCAUCACUGCCGUUGAUGGGAAACAGAUGGAAGUAGAUGGUGAGUCGGUAGAAAAAUUCAAGUAUUACGUAGCCGGACGAAGGGAUGAAACUAUAACUUUAACCGUCUACAACUUGUACAUACACAACUACCGCGAUGUGCACUGUGUCGCAAGCAGUACAUGGGGAGGUGGUGGGUUAUUAGGCUGCAGCGUCGAGUGGUGUCAAGCAGAGAAGUGCGUGGAGCGCUGCUGGCAUGUUGUUGACGUAAUCCCCGGGAGUCCGGUGGCUAAAUGUGGAGAAAUUAAGGAAGGACGCGACUAUAUAAUAGGAAUUCAGAAGGCAGAUGAACUCGUCACUGCACUCAUAAAAGACGAAGAUGAUCUGUAUACAAGGGUGGAGCUUUGGCGUACCGCUCAGUCUGCGGCACUCCGGCGGUUACAACGUAAUUCUUUUGUACCCACUGGCGCCUCACGGGAAGAUAGAGGGUUACAAACGGCUGGGCAGUUACUCCUUCUUGUGUACGACUCGGUGAACAUUGAGGUGAAGGAGGUGUUGGUAGAUUUCGGGAACGAUAUAUAUGCUCCUUUAGGAAUGAACCUUGCUACAGGUCUGCUGCACCUCAUUCCCAGCCCACCCAAAAGUUUGGCUGAUAACGGACGAGUAACUGGAACCGUAGGUAUUUCUGCAACAAGCGCAGGGGAUGACAGCAGCUGUUCCGUCAACAGCAGUAGCAACCUUCCGACGGUGACCGCAUUUGUGCUGGCAACAGGAGGGGUGUUGCGCAUAGGGAAAACAGCUCCGACCGUAUUGGCACCCCCAAAGCCGGGAGCCACCGGAUCUCCGAACGGACCACCACCACCAUUCACAUCACCAGUUGUUACCGAAAUGCAAGCUCCGCAGAUGCUGCCUGAAUUCCCGUCGCGGGUUCACGUACCGCCGCAAAAAUAUCACGCAGCGGCUAACAGUACCGCUUUCCCUAAGGAGAUUGAGGGGGUUCAUGAACAGCCUCCCACACCACUCUUUCCCAUGGAAGGAAUUCCCAACGGGCUCCAUGCCCCCCUUCCCAACCCAGCCGGUUUGUUUAUGAACACCGUCUCACCACGCAAAUGGCAGGAAGAUGUGGCAGCGGUCGCGACAAUACCUGCAGCGGAGGGAAACCCAUCAUGUGCAACAACUUCACAUGAUCCUCCGGUGCCUUCCUAUUCGGCUCAGCAACAUACACAACAACAGUUUGGACUACCCUUCAGUCAAGCAAGUUAUCAGCAGCAACCACCACCACAAAUCAUUAGACAGUCACUACUUCCUGACGUUACGAAUAUGGUUGAUGAGCAACUGCCGGUUUCUAGAGUGCCACCGCCUCUGGCCUUCCCCAUCAUAAAGCCAGCCACACCAUCUCGCUAA